CUGAAACAUCUCUGCUGCAUGUCUUCAUUCUAAAAAAGUGAAUCCUGCUUCAGAGUGUACCAGCAGUUUAGUGUCAGACACAAUGAGGAACAUACCUUUGGCUACACUUUGGAUAAUUUUCAUCUCAGCUGUGGAUUCAAGUGCAUUGACAGUUUUUCAGUCUCCAGUGGCAUUUUCACAAGAUGGAGUUGUCAGUUUAAUAUGCAAUUACAACUACAGUUUUAAUGUAACCUUCAGGACAGAAUUUCGUGCCACCUUAUUAAAAGGACAGAUAAGCAAUAACAACAUAGUAUGCAGCUUCACUUACAACGCCAGUGUUCAGGAACUUACUUCCAGAAGCCAUGGAUUCCACUGCCACGGACGACCAACCAGUCACAAUAUCAGCAUCAGUCUUAUAAAUCUGAGCACUAACGACACUGAUAUGUAUUUUUGUAAGAUAGAAAAAAUGUACCCAGCUCCAUAUUACAACUUCACAGGUAGUGGAACCUACAUACAUGUUUUGGCUGCAUUGACAGUUUUUCAGUCUCCAGUGGCAUUUUCACAAGAUGGAGUUGUCAGUUUAAUGUGCAAUUACAGCUACAGUUUUAAUAUAACCUUCAGGACAGAAUUUCGUGCCACCUUAUUAAAAGGACAGAUAAGCAAUAACAACAUAGUAUGCAGCUUCACUUACAACGCCAGUGUUCAGGAACUUACUUCCAGAAGCCAUGGAUUCCACUGCCACGGACGACCAACCAGUCACAAUAUCAGCAUCAGUCUUAUAAAUCUGAGCACUAACGACACUGAUAUGUAUUUUUGUAAGAUAGAAAAAAUUUACCCAACUCCAUAUUACAACUUCACAGGUAGUGGAACCUACAUACAUGUUUUGGCUGAAAAACCCUGUGUAGAUUUCUGGUGGAUUAUAAUAGCUGCAUCAAUAGCUGCAUUUUUCGUUCUGUACAGCCUGAUAAUAACUGUGGGCUAUGUAAUCUGCAUUUACGAGAAAAUGCAAAAACAAAAUGCAGCUUCACCUAGUCUGGACAUAAAACCUCCUGCGGACAGCAACAGUGAAUACAUGCCAAUGAAAGCUGUAUGGAACGGUGCUCCACACUGAUAUUUUUUCAUUAUGAAGUGUUACAUGUUCUUUUGGAAUACAACAGUAUUUGACAAUUAUUUUUAGAAGCUAAUGCAUCACUGAGGUACAACAUGUGAACCUUACUGAUUUGUGAUGUUCUGCAGCACACAAGAUACGAAUGCCAUUUCUGAAUUCAUGGCUGUUUUGCAUGUAGCACAUUGACAGAAUUCUGUGAGGCAAAGAUGUGACCAUCUUUAUAAUGUGCAGACACUGACCUUCUGGGGUUAAGCACAGAACGGCAAGAGUAUUAAAACAUUUGAGAAUUAAACAAGUGCAGACAUUUUAAAGCUUUGCAUUGGAAGACCAGUAAAUGUGAAUCCUGAACAAUCAGAAACUAAUACUUCUGAUGAUCAAAUCCAGAAAUGUAGAUACGUGCAAGUCGCAUGCCAUAUAUGAAGCUGUAAAAGUGUUGACGAUCAACCUAUGCCAGAACAUCAAGAGUGACUGAAUCUGUUAUUCCUCUUUCAGUUCUGAACACGUGAACUUUGCUUGACUCCAGAAAUAAUAUGGGGUUAUUCUGUAAUUGUUUGAAAAUAGGAAAGCUUUUGUACUGUAACUGUUUGAGACUAAGAAAACCUAUCUUGUAAUUUUGUUGCCAAAUGCAUUGAUGUUGAAUUUAAUUUUUAUUUCACUUGUAGUAAAAAUAUUUGGUAUCUAUAUCAUUCUCCAUAACAAAUAUUUUUACUACAAGUGAAAUAAAAAUUAAAUUCAACAUCAAUGCAUUUGGCAACAAAAUUACAAGAUAGGUAUUCUUGGUAUCUAUAUAAUUCUCCCUAACAAGCCACAGUAGUACAGCGGUAGCGUUGUUGCCUCACAGCAAGAUGUUCUCCUGUUUGAUUCUCGGCUGGAGUGCCUUUUGUGUGGAGUCUGCAUGUCCUCCCCGCGGUC